AUGGCGACAUGCCAGUGCCCGGAGCCGGCGCAAUGCCACCACAGGCCGCUCCUCUCGACGGCCAAGAGCUACCCUAAGCUGCACGACCGCCCGAGGCCGGCGUCCGGCACCGGCAGCGUCCUCGCCGAGGUGGCCGCCAUCCUCUGCCUCACCGGGCCAAUGGUCGGCGCGGGGAUCCUGUUCUACAUGCGCUCGCUGGUGUCCAUGGUGUUCCUCGGCCGCCUCGGCCAGCUGCCCCUCGCCGGCGGCUCCCUCGCGCUCGGCUUCGCGAACAUCACCGGCUAUUCCGUCCUCUCCGGCCUCGCCGGCGGGAUGGACCCCGUCUGCGGCCAGGCGUUCGGCGCGGGGCGGACGGACCUCCUCCGCACCGCGCUCCGGCGCACCGUCCUGCUGCUCCUGGCCGCGUGCGUGCCCAUCGGCAUGCUCUGGGUGGCCAUGCACCGGGUCCUCGUCUCCACGGGGCAGGACCCUGACAUCGCGGCCACGGCGUACGCCUACAUCCUGUGCUGCCUCCCCGACCUCGUGCUGCAGUGCUUCCUCCACCCGAUCCGCAUCUACCUCCGCGCGCAGUCCGUCACGCUGCCGCUCACCUACGGCGCCGCCGCGGCGCUGCUCCUCCACGUGCCCAUCAACUUCCUCCUCGUGAGCGUCCUCGGCCUCGGCGUCCGUGGCGUCGCGCUCGGCGGGGUCUGGACCAACCUCAACUUCUUGCUGUUCCUCGUGGCGUACGUCUACUUCCGCGGAAUGUACGGCACGCGUGACGAUGACGACGGCGCCAAGAAGGGCGGCGCGUCCGUGGCGGCGCCGCCAGCCGAGGAGGAGGAGGGCGCCAACUCCAAGGAGUGGUGGAGCCUGGUGAGGCUGUGCGUGCACAGCUGCAUGUCCGUGUGCCUGGAGUGGUGGUGGUACGAGAUCAUGGUGCUCCUCUGUGGCGUGCUCAUCGACCCCAAGGCGGCGGUGGCGGCCAUGGGCGUGCUCAUACAGACCACGUCGCUGAUCUACAUCUUCCCGCAUUCGCUCGGCUGCGCCGUGUCCACGCGCGUCGCGCACGAGCUGGGCGCCCGGAGGCCGGAGCGCGCACGCCUCGUCGCGCGCGUCGGGCUCGGCCUGGGCGCCGCGCUCGGCGUCGUGUCCUGCGCAUUCGCCGUGUCCGUCAGGGGUGUCUGGGCACGGAUGUUCACCGCGGACGAGGCCAUCCUGAAGCUGGCGGCGGCGGCGCUCCCGCUGCUGGGCAUGGCCGAGCUGGGGAACUGCCCGCAGACGGCCGGCUGCGGAGUGCUGCGCGGCAGCGCGCGGCCCGAGAAGGCGGCGAGGAUCAACGUCUCGGCGUUCUACGGCGUGGGCAUGCCCGUGGCGCUGGCGCUGGCGUUCUGGCCCGCCGGGCUGGACUUCCGCGGGAUGUGGGGCGGAAUGCUGGCCGCGCAGCUCGUCUGCGCCGCGCUCAUGCUGCGCGCCGUGCUCGGCACCGACUGGGCGGAGCAGACGGAGCGUGCCCGCCAGCUCACCGGUGGCGGGCGCGGCGACGGCCUUGACGUCGUCGUCAUUGUCGACGAGGACAAAAGCAGCCAUGCAGAAGCGGCCAAACCAGAGGUCGGGAACACAUUGUUCAUGGUGGCGGAUUGCGUCUAG